AUGUCCGAAAAGUUUUAUUCAACACUCUAUACAAAGAUCAUUCAUUUUCCCACAAUGGUAACAGGCUCAAUAUUGAAUCUAUUUAAUAUUCAAUCUCGUUCUUCCCAAAUAGCUCCUCUCGAUCAAACAUCGAAAAGUCAAACCGCCCAUGUCCAAUUUUACAAAUCAAAUAAAUCAAAUAUAAAAAAGGAAUUCGCUGGCACGUUAACAUUUUUUAGCAACGGCCAAUCCAAGACGAACGCAUCAACUAAAACUGUAGCUUAUGGACAAUGGCAUAAUAUUCAUGAUACAAACCCAUUAAAUUAUGAAUUUGUCAUAUAUAAAAAUGGUGUUAUGCAUAAGGAUUUAUCAGUCAAUAUACAAAGAGAUUUGGUAAUUAAAAAAAAUGAAGCCAAAUUAUUGACCACCUUUGAUGAAUUAGAUUUAGAUGGAUCACAAAGUAUUAUUGGAGGAUGUGUGUAUUUAAGUGUUCGAGGUAGAAUCAUUUCUAAGGCCAAAAUCUGCAAAGCUUGA